GAGCCAACGCCGAGUCCCCCUCAGCUCCGGCUGGGCAGCGCCGAUGCCGAGAGGGCCGGCCCGCCCGCCCGCGCUUGCCCUCAACCGGCCCGGCCUCUCGGUAACACCGGUGUGUCUCCGUCACAAACCGGGCACGCCAGAUGGGUCUCUCUAAGAGUUGAUGGGUCUCCGGUCGGGGAAGCGGCUUUCCUGAGCUAAGGACAGAGUCUAUCUCGAAUGGAAACCAUGUCCAUGUGUGGGAUAGAUGAGGACAUUCCUCAGGGCGAGAGGAAAACGGUCACCGAUUUCUGUUACCUGCUGGAUAAAUCGAAACAGCUUUUCAACGGCUUAAGAGAUUUGCCCCAAUACGGGCAGAAGCAGUGGCAAUCUUAUUUCGGCAGGACCUUUGAUGUUUACACCAAGCUCUGGAAGUUCCAACAGCAGCAUCGACAAGUUCUGGACAAUCGGUACGGCCUGAAGCGCUGGCAGAUCGGAGAGAUUGCCUCCAAGAUUGGGCAGCUUUAUUACCACUACUACCUUCGCACCUCUGAAACCAGCUAUCUGAACGAAGCUUUCUCCUUCUAUUCUGCGAUACGGCAGAGAUCUUACUACUCCCAAGUCAAUAAGGAAGACAGGCCUGAGCUGGUGGUUAAGAAACUACGUUAUUACGCCCGGUUCAUCGUGGUUUGUCUCUUACUCAACAAAAUGGUUGUAGUCAAGGAUCUUGUCAAGGAACUCUCGGAUGAGAUCGAAGAUUACACCCACCGUUUCAACACCGAGGAUCAAGUCGAGUGGAAUCUUGUCCUGCAAGAAGUGGCCGCUUUCAUUGAGGCAGACCCAGUCAUGGUCUUGAACGAUGACAACACUCUGGUCAUCUUGUCCAACCGCCUGUCGGAAACAGGAGCCCCUUUGCUGGAACAAGGCAUGAUUGUGGGGCAGUUAACGCUGGCCGACGCCCUCAUUAUUGGCAAUUGCAACAAUCAGGUGAAGUUCAGUGAGCUGACCAUCGACAUGUUCCGCAUGCUUCAGGCGCUGGAGAGGGAGCCCAUGAACCUUGCGACACAGAUGAACAAGCCAGGGCUACAGGAAAGCACCGAAAAACCAGCCAGAAGAGAAAACCCUCACAAAUACUUGUUGUACAAGCCAACUUUCAGCCAGCUCUACACUUUCCUUGCAGCGUCAUUUAAGGUUUGUGAAGCAGAGUCCAGCUUGCACCCUGGUGAUCUCUACCCUUUCACCAGGAAACCUCUGUUCGUCAUAGUGGAUUCCUCGAACAGCGUUGCCUACAAGAAUUUCACCAAUUUGUUCGGGCAGCCGCUGGUCUGCUUGCUUUCUCCCACCACGUAUCCGAAAGCGUUGCAAGAUCAGUCACAACGAGGAAGCCUCUUCACUUUCUUCCUGAACAACCCUCUGAUGGCAUUCCUGUUUGUCUCCGGAUUAUCCAGCAUGCGCAAAGGACUCUGGGACAAAUGUCACGAUUACCUUCGUAAAAUCAACCGGGAUAUUGCACAACUCUUGACUCAUUCCCGCUCCAUAGACCAGGCCUUCCUCCAGUUUUUUGGAGAUGAAUUCCUGCGCUUGCUUCUAACAAGGUUUAUUUUCUGCUCAGCCACCAUGAGAAUGCACAAAAUCUUCCGGCAGGAAACGAGGAAUUAUCCCGAAUCGUACCCGCAGCUGCCCAGGGAUGAAACCGUGGAAAACCCACACCUCCAAAAGCACAUUUUGGAAUUGGCUUCAAUAUUGGAUGUCCGAAACGUAUUUUUGGAGACCACCCUCGACGAUUAUUAAGUGCGGAGAAACACAUCAUCGUCUGGAGGUCUUUUAAACCCUCACUGCAAAAAAAAACAACAAGUUUUUUUUUUUUUUGGAAAUGGUGCAGUUUUCUAAACGUGGACAUCCACGCGCACACACAUACACACACAGAGAGACAAAGGAAUUUACUUGAGUUUUAUUUUGGAACUUGACGGUGUUAUAUAUAUAUAUUUUCUUUUUUAAAAAAAAGUAAAAUGGAAAGAAAGGAGGGGGGCACUUGCCCAGCUGUUCUAUUCUGCAUGGAUUCGAUUUUGAUAAAAAAAGAAGAAGAAAGAAAACAACCCCCCCCCCCCCCCAGCGCACACACGAAAGUUUUACAAUUUUAGACUGAAACAAUCUGGUGGGUUUUGAAGCUUUUUUUUGUUUGUUUGUUUGUUUUGAGUUGGAAGACGUCACUGGCCACACAACAACAACACCCAUCCAUUCUUCCCUCGAGAAUGAAAUGCAGCCAGUCACUUUUAAGCCCUCGUUGUGCAAAUCCUUUAUUUUUGUACUGUUUUUAAAAAUCCAAAAGCAAAAAGGAAAAAAAAAAAAAAGGAAAAAAAAAAAAAAAAAAAAGAAGGGAAACAAAAAAAAAAAAAAAAAACCCAGGAAAAAAAUAAUAUUAAUCUUCUAUUUCCCCAAAGAUUUAAAUCCUGAACGGCAGGACUUCAAAUGGUACAAAGCGGACAGCAAUAAGCGUGAGUUGAAGUCAAUAGGCUUCAUUAAUACCUUCCCCCCUCAAAAAAAAAAAGAAUCCGGCUCAGUUGAAAAGAUGGUUGUGUACACUUAAGAACAUACAGCGCUGUCCAUAAGUUUUGUGGGGUAUUUCUUUUUCUUUUUUUUUGAGAAAUCAGCCUAUAUCGCACAUUGGCUAAGGUAGCUGGACUUUAUCCCUCAAAACCUAGAAUUUCGGCCCAUUAUCACAUCCAAAGAUUAUGAACCACCCUCUGUGCAUCCCUUCAGUUUGGGCUUUUAAGUCACAAGGAAAAAACAAAAAACAAAAUUCCAUCCCUUUCUCUGCACGCAAACCAUGGUCAAUUCUCACUGCAAUAUGGAAGAUUCUCUUGAUGAUGAUUCUUCCCCAAUCCCUCCACCUCAACUUCUGAAAGAGCGGCUUUCAUCCCGUUCGUACUUUGAGGGCAGAAGUUCACCCGGUGAAGAAAAGAGAGAACAAUCACUGCCUCGCCUCUGUGUUCAAGCUGCUCAAAAGAGGGGGGAAAAAUUAAGAGAAGGCUCCUCAUCUCACCUUCUUAACUGGCAGUGAGAAAUGUCUACCUUCCAGAGCUGUUGCUAGACAAAGAGAAAGACGAAUAAGAUCUCAAGAGGAAACUUUGGUGUGAUGAACUUUUGGGAAAAGGCGAGGAAGAGUUUCUCUUGGGAAGAGGUGGAGAAGACAAUGGUCUUUACCAUCUGGUUUUUUAAGGGGGCAAACAACUCAAGAAGCAAGACCUAUCUCCAAAGCUUUCAUGGAAGGACCUCAAGUUUGCAUUUCUUGGCCUACAAUCGGCCUCCCAGUGAUUUGGGCUUGACGUAGCUAGAACAACAGUGGUCCUGAAGGAUAAUGUUUAAUGCUUGGAGCCCAGCGAAGAAGUCCUGUAGAUGGGAAAAUGGGACAAGCAUCUUCAGACAUCAAGAUUGAGGAGGAGAUCUGAGGAAAUCAUGAUGUGGGCUUGGUGUGCAUGUGCUGCUGUUUUCAAAGACCCCCAUCCUAUGCUUUUUUUCCCCCUCCCCCUGCCAAAGGAGUACAUGGAUGAAAUCCAAUGUAUUUGGGCUAAGCUAGAGUGAGCGCACAAGUCCACUGCUCUUUUUUUUUUUUUUUUAAAGGGUGGUAGGGAAUCUCCGAGGAAGCGUAUUCCCCAAUAUAUUAAGAGGUUGCUUUUGAAAAGUUGAGAAGCUCACCUUGAGCAAAUGGGAUCCUUGCGGUAGCUAGGGUGGAACGAGGCUGGAAGGAGGAGGACCGAGGAAGGAGGAGUCCCUCCUCUUAGUCCAGAUGCCCAAGGAAAUACAGUUUUUAAUCUCAACAUCUGCUUCUUCCAGGGGUCCUACAAGCCGCUUCGCAAGCAAGGACACGGCACCUGGCCCUUUUAAGAAGUAGCAAGGUUGGGAAGCGGUUGCCGUAAUGAAGAAAGGCAACCUUGGGAGAGAGAGCAAGAAGGUGCCUUAGGGUCGGGCCUAAAGUGCAAUGAAGAUACUAUAGGUGUUGUGUUUUACUUUUUCCUUUUUGAGGAAGAAAAAAGAAAAGAAAG